AUGCUGCCUCGGAUAUAUAUGAUGCUUUUUGUGCUGUUUGGAUUUCUUCUAAUUACCGAUUGUCGGGAGAACGUACGUUCAAAAAGAGCAAAGAGACCUCGAGCUCCCGCUGCAAUACUGUUUGAACCAGAACCCCCACAAGAUUUGGAAAGCGACGAUAACGGAAAUCCCGAAAAAGAUAUACCCGAAAUACCUACGAAUUUUUUAAGUCCAUCAGUACGAGAAUAUCUGGAGCUGGGCAAAUCAAUACCAGGACGUCCAGGUGUGGAUUAUCCCAUAUUAUCGGCAAUUCCAUAUACAAACUUCUACUGUGAUGAACAACCAUAUCCAGGAUUUUUUGCAGAUAUGGAGACCAGAUGUCAAGGAUGGCAUUAUUGCGAUAUUGAUGGACGUCAGGCGUCAUUCUUGUGCCCAAACGGAACACAAUUCUCGCAAGCCGUUUUCGUUUGUGACUGGUGGUUCAACGUACGCUGCGACUUAUCGCCCAGACUCUACGCGAUCAACGCUCGUCUGUAUCAACGUCCGAAGGUAAAUCCAACACGGCCACAUCGAAUAAUAACAAAAGAAUUGAUUGAGGACAUCUUCAAUUAA